CUCAAGGUUGCCCGUCAAGCGCGACUCUGCGUCGUUUUUGGCAGCGGGAUGACCUCGACAGUCGUUGCUUCAUGUAGCCGAUCCUGUUUUAUCAACGCGGAUCCAAUUGUUCACGUCAGGCGCGAGCUUCCGAAAUCCAAACGACGCAUUCGUUUGGCGUUGGAAACCAAUGAAUUGUUGUCCGACCCGGUUGACGCUAUCGAAGUAUUUUACCACAUAAAAAAUAUAAACGAUCCGGAGCACCCUUAUAGUUUAGAGCAGCUUGACAUCGUUAGUGUCGAGAACAUACGCGUGCACAGUGAGGCGCAGUUCAUUCAGGUUUACUUCACACCAACCGUACCUCACUGCAGCAUGGCAACACUCAUAGGCCUUGCAAUCCGUCGGAAAUUACAAGAGAGCCUUGCCGGGCGCUUCAAAACUGAAGUCCUCGUCUUUCCUGGUUCGCAUUCCUCGGAAUCAGCUGUCAACAAACAAUUGAAUGACAAAGAAAGGGUCGCUGCUGCCUUAGAAAACACAAACUUGCUGGAGAAGGUGAACCUGUGCCUUCGGGGAAAUCUCGUGCUCUGAUACACGAACAGACUUCUUCGCCGAGAGGCUUUCGGAGCAUGCAUCAUAAAGGAUCUCAGGAGUUGUCAAGUAUCAUCUUUUAAUAUCUCAAAAACUAGAAGAUAACAUU